CAGAAACCCACAAUGUGUGUCAGAGGACCGUCUUAGCUCCAAAAGUAGAUGACUGCUCCAAAUCUUGUGACUGUAUUAGCUACUGACUGCAAGAUAAGAGAAAAAUCUAAUCACGAUUUUUCAUCCCAAGUAAGGACGAGGAUUUUCGAUUGUUGGAUAGAAUGCCGGCGAUCAUCAGUAAAAACUCCGAUUUGGAGUUUGAUUCCUUACAACCAUGUUUCUAUCCGGACGAGGACGACUUCUACCUCUGUGGUCCCGACGCUGCGCCACCGGGGGAGGACAUCUGGAAGAAAUUCGAGCUGCUGCCCACUCCGCCCCUCUCUCCGAGUCGCGCUGCGCUACCGGGAGAGCCGGCGGCCGCCACCGCCUCCCCGGAGGCAGAUCUCCUCGGCUUCGGAUUAGGGGACCCCCUGGACUGGGCUUCUGAGCUGCUCCUCCUGCCCGAGGACGAUAUAUGGGGGGCAUCCGACGACGGGGACCUGUUCGGCUCCGUUUUGGAUACAAACCCCAAUAACAUCAUUAUCCAGGACUGUAUGUGGAGCGGCUUCUCCGCCAGAGAAAAGCUGGAACGGGUGGUAACAGAGAAACUAGGCAAGGCGAUUUCAACGGCAUCGGCCGGGGCAAGGAGUGCGUACGUCAGGGUGCCGGAGGUGGUAAGCCGCAGCACUGUGUCGGAGUGUGUUGACCCAGCGAUAGUGUUCCCCUUUCCUGUGAACAAGAAGAGCUGCAGCAGGGACGAAUCUGGGACUAUUAACGCGUCCACGAUGCAUGGGAGCGCAGCUAGUGACUCCGAAGAGGAAGAUGAAGAUGAGGAGGAAGACGACGAAGAAGAAGAUGAGGAAGAGGAGGAGGAAGAGGAGGAAGAGAUUGAUGUAGUUACAGUAGAGAAGAGGCGCUCCACAAUCAGCAAGCCAUCCCCCAUGGCCACAAGCGUAGGAACCACCUCUGUUCAUCCCAAGAGCCAAGAGGCAAGAGGGAUUGUCUCAGGGUCCGGGGUUGUGAAUAGGUUCAUCAGCCGUGCGCCUCAGGAGCUCAUCCUGAAGAGGAGCUCGGUCCAUCAGCAGCAACACAACUACGCAGCCCCCUCACCUUAUGCCUCAGAUGACGAUCUGACCCCACCUCCAAAGAAACAGAAGACAUCAGAGGCACCACGCCCUCCUAUCAGAACAGCCUCAACAUGCUCCACAUCUUCCUCCUUGUCUUGCAACUCUGCCCACAGUGUUGCAGGGCCACGCAGCAAGCGCAGCGCCAGUGGGGACAGCAGUCCACGCGGUGGAUCCGACUCUGAGGACAGCGAGCGCCGGCGAAACCACAACAUCUUGGAGCGCCAGCGCCGCAACGACUUGCGUUCCAGCUUCCUGACCCUGCGCGACCACGUCCCUGAGCUGGCGCACAACGAGAAGGCGGCAAAGGUGCUGAUCCUGAAGAAGGCAACCGAGUAUGUCUAUUCACUGGAGACAGAGGAGAUGAGGCUCCAGCAGGAGAAGGACAGGCUCCAGACUCGCAGGCAACAGCUCAUGCGCCGGCUGGAGCAGGCUAGGACUCGCUGACAGACAACUGCUACAACAUAUACUGACAUAGUGAGUAUACAACAUAUACUCACAUAUACCCUGGAGGACCCCCCCCCCACCACCCUAACCUCCAGACAUAGGCCUAUUCACUCAAGCACAGAUACACAGGCCUUCUGUUGGACCUUUGCACACAGAAACACUAAAAUCUCAGAGGACAUUUAUUUUAAGAUGCCGAUACAAAAACCUGGAACAGCGAAGAGAAAGGGGGGGAGGGGGUGAUUUGCUGGAGGAAAGCUUGGACUUUUACUGCCGCCACUUUUUUUGCACAUUUGUUGACAUUAAGAAUGUUUAGGAUUUACUUUUUCAAUCCAGUCACAUCAAGGAAAGACAAAAAGAGAAAGAAUGCGGAGGGAGACAGGAGACACUAUUUUUUCAGUCUUCUCUCCCUCCAGUUGUUGUUUUUUUAUAUCAUUUCUACGUUUAUGUUUGUUUGUUUUUGUACUCACUGUGACACCAGCCUGGAAUCGCGUGAUUCCGCACAGGGACGGGUGUUGGAGGGCACUUUGCUUGGAGAGUUCAGCGCGGUGCACGCUUACCUUUGCCUUCAUCACUGCAAAACUGAAAAACAAAAAAACUGAUGACCAAGGCGUCAUAGCGGACAUGAACAAUGCCACUACAUGUUCUCUUUUCCUCACUCUUCUCACACUGGUGCUCAAACCAAGUCAGUGGAUGUAAAACUGUGCACCUUGCUAGGCGACACUUUUGUAUAUAACAAUAGUGUACAGACAAAAUACACUCAGAUCUGCCUUGUUUUAUAAUUACAAUUUUGUUCUUGUUUUUUUUUUUUUUUUAUUAAACAUGUCAGGAAGCUGCCGAUAACUGGACUGGAAGUUUAUAUACCUUUAAAUGUACUGUAAGGUCUCAGUUUAUGAGAGUCAGAAAAACUUUUGUAAUAUAACUGCAUAUUUUUUCUUCUCUUUUUCUUUUUUGUAUAUCACUACAUUUUACACAUUUAUUUGCUUUUAGUGUGAUACAUACUAAAUUUGAUACUUAUAUUUUCGUAAGAGAAUGCAUUCUUGGUAGAUAUCACUUUAUCUCAUAAUUUUUCUCUCCUAUCAGACAAUUGUUUGUACAGCAGAUGUGUUCUAUCCUCAUGUACCUGGACUUUUCUGCUUUUUUGUUUUUAAUUUUCCACUUUUGUUGAUAUUUGUAACUAUUGGGUGCAUAGAAAUGGGUAAACUGGUAUAAGAUGUUUGUUUUUCACUACAUAAAAUGUACUUUUAGUGCUGCAACUCAUAGCACUUUUGAAAUACCUCAUUUUGAAAAAUAAAUAGACAAAUUUUCCUGACUUUUUA